GGACGACGGCUGAUGAUAGGUGUUCGUGCUGGGUGGGCGGAGCUUUAUGGGAAGUGAAAGAAGCAUGGCUGGCAGGGACACUUGGAGGGUGAGUGAGUAGAACACUAUUAUUAUUAUUAUAUGAUAAUCUGAGUGCAGAUUUAUUUUGUUGAUUGUGUUAAUACAUAUUAUGCUUAUUCAUUGUUUCACAGUGGUUUAAUUGAAAAAUCAGUGUCCUUUUAGAAUGUUCAUAUCUAUUGCUCUCCUGUGAUAGCUAAAGGAAGCAGGUAUGUUGCAGCUUACUAAAAGGGAAGAAGCCACCAGGGAAGAUAAUAGGCUGUUCUUGCAACUUGCUCUCCUUAAAGGGAGACUGUAGUCACUAUAACCACUUUGUCUCUUUGAAUUGGUUAUAGUGCCUGGAGUGGCCUGGCACUGUCCCUCCAUUCAGUGUUGCACCAUGUUUGUGCAGUAUGCUACAAAAUAAGAGUCCCUGGCCACCCACAGUCCUGUCCCUUCUGUAUGUGUAGCUAAGGCAGAGAUUACACACUUCCUUGUUGUCAUACCCAUUCAUACCAUCAGUUAGAACGCUGACAGGCUAAAAGCAGUCAGCUGACACUCUCAGCCAAUCACAGCUGCCCAUUGCUGCUCAGGGUAAUACUUCCUUAUUAGCCAAAGCAGCACAGAGGGGAUGGAUUGCCGCGGUCUCUUGUUUAGCAUUAAAACAUUACAACAUUAAAGGACCACUCUAGGCACCAAGACCACUUCAGCUUAAUGAAGUGGUCUGGGUGCCUGGUCCAGCUAGGGUUAACCCAUUUUUUCAUAAACAUAGCAGUUUCAGAGAAACUGCUAUGUUUAUGAAUGGGUUAAGCCUUCCCCUAUUUCCUCUAGUGGCUGUCUCAUUGACAGCCGCUAGAGGCGCUUGCGUGCUUCUCACUGUGAUUUUCACAGUGAGAGCACGCCAGCGUCCAUAGGAAAGCAUUAUGAAUGCUUUCCUAUGUGACCGGCUGAAUGCGCGCGCAGCUCUUGCCGCGCGGGCGCAUUCAGCCGACGGGGAGGAGAAGAGGAGGAUCGGAGGAGGAGAGCUCUCCGCCCAGCGCUGGAAAAAGGUAAGUUUAAACCCCUUUCCCCCUUCCAGAGCUGGGUGGGAGGGGGUCCCUGGGGGUGGGGGCACCCUCAGGGCACUAUAGUGCCAGGAAAACGAGUAUGUUUUCCUGGCACUAUAGUGGUCCUUUAAAAACUGUUUAAUGCUGAAAGAAAUGAUGACACCAGGGGACUCCAUACACUAUAACCAGUUUAAUGAGAUGAAGCAGAUACAGUGCCUACGGUGUCCCUUUAAAGGAACACUGCUGCGCACUGGAGUGGUUCUGUUGCUAGGAGUUCCGUGAACACUUUGACUUCUUACAAAAUGGCAGUGCACUAUGAUAUAUGGACACACUGGGUGUUGACAACCUCUUAGGAAAACCCAUCACCCACAACUGUCAGUGUGGAUGGAGGAGCUCCGGGUGAUGGAGGAACUUCAUUUAGGGGCCACUAACAAAAUAACAGUGUACUAUGAUAUAUGGACACACUGGAUGUUGUCUUCCUCUGGGGAAGAUUUACAAGCACAAGAAUGACCGGGUGACCGUGCACACACUCAUCUUCAUACACAAAUGCCUACCCAUCCACAUACCAUCCUUUUCCCCCCUUCUACUGCCAUUUAUUUUCCACAUAUCUGGGACAUGACAAUAGGGAAGGCUAUGAUAAUGGCUCUGAAAGAGGAGGGACCUCCUAAAGUAUCUGGCAUCAUGAUGGACUAGCCAACAACAGGGCGAGAAUAAGUGUCAGGGGGUAGCUCCCGUGGCCCUGACCUAUCAUGCUUACAAGACACCACACAAAGUUCCGAAAGGGACACCUGUGCAGAACUCGGUAACAGGCGGCUUAAUAUGAGGAGAGGGGAAUUGGGUGAAGGGGGUCCUGGUGGGAUAACACCUUGGGAGAAACAAUUACCACAAGGCUUUCCACACCUCCUUUCAAAAGGAAAAGCGGGCGCGUUGAUACUCACCCUUCACAUUGGGGGGGGACACUCUGUGGGGGCCAGUGUUAACAGUUCUCCUUACCAGCUGAGACCUGCGCAUCUCCCAUGAAUACUCAAAAUAUUGUGGCUGUUGUUGUCCCAGCCUACCGCAAUGUACAAUUCGUAACUGGAGAAUUUAUGAACUGAUCCUAACUUAGUGAUCUACUAACUGAUCCUAACAUACAAAAAUCUCCAAUAAAAAAAUAUAUUUACAAAAAAAAGAGACUCAUGGAAGGGCUAGGGGGGGACAAAGAGGCACAUGGAGGGACUGUGGGGGCUGAGGGGCUGAAGGAGACCGAGAUGCACGGAGAGGCUGGAGGAGACAAAUGUUCUAUCAAAAUCCUGUACCUCGUGAAAAUCGCCUACCCUUGUCACUUCCGGUGAGGGGAAUCAGCUGGAUCCUGUGCUGCACAUGCGUGCUAGCACUCCUGCUACUCCUUCACAGAAAGGUACUGGAAGGUAAGUAAAGCUAGUUUUACACUUUCAUUAUAGUUAGUGCAUUCACUAAGCUUAGGAACACGGGACAUUUAGGGUGGGGCUGGGGGAGACAAAGACACACAAAGGUGUUUGGGGAGAAAAAGAGACAGAGGAGCUGGAGGGGGUCAAAGAGAUACGCAAAAGGGCUGGGGGGACAAAGGCACACAGAGGGACAGGGGGGACAAAGGCACACGGAGGGGCUGGGGCGACAAUGAGGCACACGGAUGAGCUGAGGGGACAAAGAGGCACACAGAGGGGCUAAGGGGAACACAGAGGCAAAUGGAAGGGCUGGUGGAACUAAGAGGCACACAGAGGGGCUUAGGGGACAAAUAGAAACAUAGAGGAGUAGGGGGGCAAGAAAAACACAGAGGGACUGUUUAAGGUGACAGUGACAUACACAGAGGGGGUGGGGAAGGGAAUAAUGAUACAGAUAGAGGGUCUGGGGAAGGAAAGACAAACUUCUGUCACUUACCUGGGUCCAGCGCCGUAUAGCGUGAGGACGUCCAGCUUCAUUUAGGCGGGGUCAGCUAAAGACCACAAAGUCCCUCUAGUGGCUGUCUGGUAGACAGCCACUAGAGGAGGAGUUAACCCCAGCAGGUAAUUAUUGCAGUUUAUUAAAAACUACAAUAAUUACAUGCUCAGCGUUAAGGGUGAUGGGACUCUGCACCUAGACCACUUCAUUGAGCUGAAGUGGUCUGGGUGCCUACAGUGUCCCUUUACUUGUGGAGGUGGGGAGUGAUUCCUGGUGGACAGCAAUUUAGUAAUCAAACAAUUCUCAAAUGGUUUGACUACUUACAAAGGGGGGCUGAUGGAACUCCUAGCACCAUAACAGACUCCCUCAAUCUAUUUCUGGCCACUCAUUUAAAAGAAUGCUUUAGAAAUGUACGCCCAUCAAGUGUUAUUCUUCUUGCAUACCUAGAUAGCUUAUGUAAUAAACUAUGUAUAGGUAUGUUCUGUGUGCUAUGUUCAAGGGUUCAUAUAUUUAUGUGUUUUUCUAACUAGCCUCCGAGGGACUGCAGUGAUUACUGGAUUGAAUGGAAGCACUGCCGAAGCUUGAGUAACCGCUUCCACAACUACUACACCCAUGGGAUAGCGCCUGAGUGCCAGCAGUGGAAAAUAGACUAUAAAAGCUGCAAAGACUGGGAGGCAACUGCUAGCAAUGAGGCCAAGGUAGGGCUUGUAACAUAAUCAAGUGAAAGAGGGGUAACUGUUUAAUGUGUAGUUUUUAAUAUGUGUGUAUAUACAUAACUUAUUUUUUUUGUACACGAUAUUGAAAAUUUUAAGUUUUAGUCCAAAGCAGCUGAGCUGGAAACAUAGCAAAAUUAUCUUGCCAGUUUGCCACAGCUCAUGGCUUAGUUACCCCUAGAUACUGAUAGCUGUGUGAGGUAGAGAGCAUAUAUGAGACAAAGCAAUGGGAUAGAUUAGUGGGGUUGGGAAUAGAACAAAGAAGGAAUGUGGUUUAGAAAAGAGUGUAUGCAUACAUUGCAAAAAUGGUACAAGAUGUGUAUGCUUUAUAAAAUCUAGAAUUAUUUUGAGAUUGUUACUUGUGCAAUAGAUUUUUCUUGUUGAUAGUUUGCAGUUUUUGCCGAUUCAGAAUCGUCUUGGCUGGAGAAUAUGUGAUCGUUACAGUGAAAAUUUCGUGCAAAUUUUUAAAAAGCAAGCAUUAAGUGUUGUAGAAAAAGUGUUUAUUGUUUGAGGAUCAUAAUUCAGAGAUGGUUUUAAUAAAGGACUGGUUGAGACACUUACGGUGUUUAAUGAUCUUAUGCAUUGCAGGAAGCUCUACGACAGAGUGAAAAUAGUAGACUCAACGAGAAACAAAGUUAUCUUCCAGUGUGGAGACUCAGAAAGAAACCCCCUGCAGACUGGUACUUACCAUUGGACAGAGACAAAUUUAAACAGUGAGAAAAAUUGGUGGGUCACUACAUGUCUGCAAGCAGAGAGAAUAACUGGACUUUGCACUGGAUCGUUACUGGUCUGGGGAUAAAAAGCUAAUCAAAUAAUAUGCACACUCAGUUUGAAGUUGUAGGUGCCAUGAUUGUUCCUAAAACAUGUUCCAUUAAGUAUAGUUUCCUAUGUUAAAGUGGCUCUGUCACCAAAAUAUACUUUCUCUGAUGUGCUUCUAUAUAUUUAUUUCCUUGUGUCUGAAUCUCUUUGUAUUUGUAUCAUGAAAUGCAUUUACUUAUUUAUAGCUGUCAAGGUGACAAAAGUUGACAAUGGGUAGUAUUAAAUCAUGGUUCUGUUUUCUAAUUAAAUUCACCCCCAAUACAUCAGUAACAUGAAUCCCACAGAACAUACAGCAGACGUUAUGGACAGAGGAGAACAAAAUGGCGGGCCACUAUAAUAUUGAGAUCUGGCUCAAUGAAGAAAAGAUAAAUAUAAAGACAAGUAGCAAAGGGGGAAGAGUAUAAGAUACCAGGAGCUUAAAGUGCCACUAUAGGCACCCAGAUCACUUCAGCUCAAUGAAGUGGAUGGGUGCCAGGUCCCCCUAGUUUUAACCCUGCAGCUGAAAACAUAGCUGUUUCAGAGAAACUGCUAUGUUUACAGUUUAGGGUUAUUCCAACCUCUAGUCUUUCUGACAGCCAUUAGAGUCCGCUUCUGCGAUUUACACUGAGUUAAUUGCACUUAAAAAAACAAAAACAGUCUCUUUCAGUUUACAGUGUUAAAAGAUAUACAAUAUACACCAAUUAGUGGAGCGCUGUAUAAAUUUAAAGUGAUAAAGGGGCUCACUUACCCUAUCAAUUUUGUGUAUUAGCACACUUAAGGAUACAUGCUUGAAAAUGCAUGUAAAAGAAAAACAAAGAAAUAUAUAAUGCAGAUGGUCUUAUAUAUUAUUAAAUGAUGAAAGUGGAAUAACUAGAACUACUGACAUGGUCUGGAGCCUAUAUGUUAUUGGCUCCGUAACAUAGGCCUUAAUGCUCUUUGGGCAGCAACACACCCCUUUCCUUGAUGGUAUUCCUCCAAAGAAACAGGAGAGAAUGGAAAUAGACCAGAUGAGUAGUAUUGUGCAAAACUGCGGUGCUCACCUUAUUAAGAGCCUUAAGUACCUGGCUAUGAGAGUGUUCAGCAGUAUGCCAAUUUCUUGGAUGGCAAUUCCCACAAAGAAUUCCUGGAGGCUUAAGGACUUAAAUGGUAUAAAAAGUAAAUUUAUUGCUUACAAAUAAAAACACAAUAUUGUGGGUUUUAAAUAAAAAAUGGAAAUGUAAUUUACAAAGUCCAAAGUCAGCCAAAACGCGUUUCACCCGUCUGUGAGCUUCCUCAGUCAGCUGUAAUGUAACCUCAGGAAUCUUUUUCAUUUAAAUGUUCAGUCUUUUUCUUAGUACCUCCUCUUUAGAGUCACAUGAUGUAUAGUUGGCCAAUCCUGAAUGUCAAUUUGCUUGAAUUGCUGAUAUGACCUAGGGAUACCUGUGGUUGGAGAGCCCCUAUUGGGUUAUUGGCUUUCCCACCCAUACUUGUAUAUUUAAACAAUUAGUCAUUGGUGGCUCAGAGGUAUAGAAACUGGUUUGUGGUUGGCAGAAAUGACGUCACAGAAAACUCAGUUCGUCAGAUCCACCAUUGGAAAAGAGAAUCCCACCGAAGUGUAUACAUUGGUGGUCAGAGGUGUCAUACAUCCUUCACCUUCCCUCCUCUAACUGGCGGAAAUGAUGCGGCAUUACGAAUAUGACUGUCAUACACGCCAGUCCUCGGUAGUGCCACCUCCCAAUUGAGCUUGGGGGAGGUCCUGGCGCUUAUAGUACUUAUUUGACCCUGGACGUUCUCACAGAGACUGGAUGCGUGCGUGCCUCUGGCCGUGCAUUCUGCUCCACUCAGGAGCUGUCAGCG